AUGUCUGCCUACGCACACCUUUCGCCAGCAGAGCAAAACCUCAUCGAGGUAGCAACCAAGACGAUAGCAGCCAUUCCGGUGUCCGACGACUACAGCGUCGCGAGCGCCGCACUCGCAGAAGACGGCCGCAUCUUCACGGGCAUCAACGUCUAUCACUUCACCGGCGGACCCUGUGCUGAACUCGUCGUCCUGGGAGUCGCCGCCACAGCUGGACCACCCAAACUCACUCAUAUCGUGGCCAUGGGGAACGAAGGACGGAUGGUGCUCAGCCCGUGUGGCCGUUGUAGACAGGUCCUGUGUGAUUUGCAUCCGGGCAUCAAGGCGAUUGUGAGGGACACAGAUGGGACAGUGAAAGUCGAGAAGGUGGAAGAUCUGUUGCCUGCGAGAUAUCUCAUACCUGACCCCACCGUUGAGAGGCUCUAG